AUGCUCGCCAAGGAGACGCUGCAGCUGCGGCAUCAACUCUCGGCGAGUGGACUAAGCCUGCGCUCUGCCACCUACGACACCCGGCGCCACCAUGUGCUAACAUUUGACUCGCAUCCACUGCGGCCGCACGUGCUACGUCUCUUCUCACUGCGUCGCGAGCUCAAGAGUGUAUCACUAUUUGACAAUGCACAGUGGGAUAAAUCCAGCGACUCCAGUCCCACUGCUGCAACUCAAGGUUCAAAACGACCAUCAUUCUUCGAACUUCAACAACAAGAGCAUCAUAAGCGGCUAAUGCGGAGCGACGUUGAAGUUGUCGUUCCCCAUGUGCUACUGCAGUAUUCACCAACGUUAGACGUGCUUAUAUGCGUAUACACUACGGCCACGAGACCCAGAGGUGCCACCAAAGUGCCAACGACGACCACGCACUACGUCGUGCUGCUAGAGCCAGCAACCUUGCGCAAGCUACUGGUGUAUCAAGGCCCCGAGACGCACACACUGCAGUGCGCACACUUCGAUCCGCUGACGGACCGAUUGGUGCUCGCCAGCCACUUAAAGGACUGUGAUCAUGGCGGAGGGAUGCUGCCCAAAGCCCCGAAUAACGUCGUGGAGAUUUUGCAGCUGGCAAAGAGAUUAGACGACCGUCAGACAUUUUGGAGUGCAGAUCCUGAUCAGAAGCACCCACAGCCGAGUAUGCUGCUGGCUAUUGAGAAUACUCGAGCUUCUCUUCGACAUCCGGACACGUUAGCUUUGGUUUGUGGUUCGAGAGGACUGAAGGAGCUAUACGGAGCUGCAAGUGAUUAUCCUGACUCGGCAGAGACCUCAAGUGUGAUGCUUGUGUGGCGACAGAAUCCGCCGAAAGGAGACAAACUGGUGUUGGUGAGAAGAGUUAGGAUUCAGCAUAAGAUUUCUGCAAUGGCUGUGUCGCUAUGUGGAGACUGGCUACUUGCUGGGCUUUUAAGAGGUGGCUUGAGAGUGUGGAACGUGAACGGCAGCAGAUCGAACAGAUCGGAGAUGUUUACUGUCGAUGCAGACCCGUACAACCCUACAGCAGGUAGUACCGCAGAUGCAAAUGUGGAGGUGAUAUCAUCCAUUCAAGUCACCACGACCCCAGCACCAGGCUCGACUGGCUAUUCAGUUGCUGCGAGUAGAAUGGCAGAUGCCAUUGUUAUUGUAGCUGAAAGAGAUACUGGGGCUGUGAGGCACUGGAAGCUAUCUAUUGAGACUAAAACCUUUACGAGUGGGUCUCAUGCGUCAGAUUCUGAAGAGCACCGCUAUCCAAGACUAAGUUUGGUUGGAUACUUUCACGCUGGAGGACAGAAGCAGAUCGGAAAAGAGGAAACUUCUGGUAGACUUCUUAGGAACCAAGACACGCUGGGACCUCCGUUGAGGACGCUGACCAUGUGCGUUACCAUCGACAUGGGUAGCUGCUUCGAGAAUCUCUUACUGGUCGUGUGCGAAAAUGUUAUUCAUGUACUGAAGGUCCAGACCGUUCUUUACGUGAUGCAGGAGUUUGCCUCCAUCGAAGAAGUCUACGCCAUCCGAGCAUUCGAUCGGCCGAACGCUUCUCAAAUUUUUUCUCUCAGCAGUACUGCAGCGUGUAAACUUCGGGUAUUUCCACUCGGCGAAGCUUCAAGCCAAGUAUCUUCGUCAAAGUCACUGGUUGUCGCCCCGUCCGCAUCCGAAAUGUCAGGACACGUGUGUUCGAUGGAAACGAUGACGAACGAUCAGUUGCAAAUCUGCUUUGUGAUUCUCGCGUGGAGUAGCGGAAUAGUGGUCGUGUACGACGUGUUAUGUGACAAACAUGUGAUGACGUUGCAAGACAAACAGCUUACCGACCAGAUCAGCACGCUGUCGGUCGCCACAUUCCAACGCGUUAUCAAGCGCAAGACUACAUCACCUGUUGAUGAAGUUGGUGGAGCAGAAUUUUGGCCAUCACGGUCGUAUGGAGAUAUUUUACCUCAUAACGCCGAUGGUCUCUCUAACUACACGGUUCAAAGCGGCAAUUUGUACGGGUGGCGUGCUGAUGGGCUUCGGGAUAGCAGCUUAACACUUCGCUUGAUUGACAAAGCAAAUGUGCGAGUCCAGGCUGCGCAUUCAUCGCAUAUUAUUCAACUGGCACACACGGAUGUAGUCCGUGGGGAACGCACUUUGCUAGCGUCGGUAGGUACCGGCGGUAUCAUCAAGCUGUGGAGCAUUCCGGCAUUGAAACUGAUUGGUUAUGUCAACAGUACUGCAGAGGGUUAUCCAGUGUCUCCGUCUUGUGUUGAGUUGAUGAGGGGUGUUCGUGCAGAAGACAACUUUGGAAUGGGUGGGCGGAAAGCUGGAGAAAAACUUCUCGUGAGCGUCGGCUACGACGAUGGUCGAUUGGCUGUUUGGCGGGUUAAUGUUAAGUUUGUUUCAUUUCAAAGACUGGACGUAUUAGCGAAGCACGAGCGUCGGGUAACCAAGGUCUGUCGUAUUUCGAAAGAUGUAGUCUCAACUGGUUUGCCUGAAUUUCUGAGCUGCUCACUCGAUAUGACAGUUAUUCACUGGCACAUAUCGGAGUCCGGUAGUGUCCAAGAGAAAAGAUACUUCGAUAUAGGAGCCGCGAUCAUUGAUAUGGUGUUGGUUAGGGAGCAGGCGAUUGUCGCUCUAGCUCACGAGGUUUGCAAGUUCACAUUUGCCCCACGUAGCAAGAGUAAUAUGACAUCGGUUGAGGACCCCACAGAAGAAUCCAAGGCUUUGCACAAGGUGAUGGAUGAGUUUUUGACACUUCACGUCCCCUCCGCGGUGCUUCACCUUGAAGCUGACUCGUCCAGUGAAUUGUCAGGAGACACACAAGGCAGUACGAGGUCUGAUAAGCUUCAACCUAAACUGGUCGAAGACGUUGUCUUACGAGAGUAUCUACGGGACUAUAUUGCUCAUCACGGCAAUAGCAGCACGAUGGCAGCUAAUCGUAUUACACAUUUCUUGGCACUUCGGCCCGAACUGCCGAGCAUCAAGCGACCUGGCUUCGCGUCAUUGAUAGCAAAAACUCUCAAAGACUUAAAAUUGACGACUCAAAGUCGAGUGGAUUGCAAGGAAGCUCUCCAGAUAUUGAGGGGGUUGUUUUCGAUGCCUAAUACAUCCUACCGGGCCUUUGAUGCGCCAACAAUGAUGGGGUCUCUAAAGCGCAAGGGUAACAUCCGCGAGAGAGCUCGUGCUCAGCGUUUGCGAGAGAAACAGCGAGCGCGACGAAAGCCCGUUGUGACCUACAAUUUGCUCGGCGAGAAGUACGUUCGAUGGGAGGAAGAUUCAGCAGAUCUAGGAGAAUUCGGGCAGAAUCAAUCGCCAGCCAGCUCCACUAAAAGUCUCAGUGAUCCAGAGCAUGUUGACGAGGUACAAGCUGCUCCAAGCGGGAAGACUCGGGUUACCACUGCUGUUAAAAUGUUUAAUGGGGUCAAACGUGCUCAAACGUAUGGCAAUUCUGGUGUGGACAUCUCUCGAAACGCUCUGGUGAACAAUAUCCGACUUUCGCCCAUGUUUCAGCAGUUCUGGAGGAAAGGUUACUGCUGGUGCAGGCCGGCGCCUCAACUACAUGUUAUCUGGACCGACGAUGAUAAAGCCAAAGUUACGAAGCGCAGAUGGAAGUGCAACGACUGUAAAAAAAGGCUGCACACCAUCGAACUUCCCCCAAUCGGAUACGCACCUCAUUUCUCGCGGGAGGCUACGUUUGGCAUCAUUGUCGAAGCUUACAGCAAACUAGCGACUGCUGCCCACACGAGUUUGUACAAAAAUUCCUCUUCGAGACGCUCGUCGGAGUGUUCGAUAUUCAGAGCGCUGUUCGACUUGUUCCUGACCACCUAUGGCGUCCACAGCACCGCAGAGAUGAAGCUGAAGCAGUUUUUCAUGUCCAUGUGCCAUUUCCUGCCGGACUACGACGUUGUCGCAGUUUUUGGUGAGCUUCUAGGCCUCCAUAUCGAAGAUGAGUGGGACGAAGCACCAGCUACUUUAGCUGCGUUAUGUGUGUGCUGCUACUCGUGGUUGUAUUCUCGUGGAAUGGUUGUGAAUGGCGAUACUUUUUCAGGUCGGCUAUGCGAUCGCAACGGGAGCAAAAGCUUUGCUACAUCUGAUGCCACGGACGGAUCGACGUAUUGGCAGUUCGUCCAGAUCGAGCAUGCUCUGUUGUGUGCACAGGACAACUUGCUGUAUCCUCUCGUAAGUCCAGAAUUCCUGAGGAAUACCAUGCUCUUCAUGCAGGAAUACACACAGAGAGAACCAACCCGCUCAGUGAGGACAGAUUCUGCGGCCUUUAGCGACGGUGUUGGUCAGAGUGGAGAUCGAUCUGCGCCCUGGAUUGAACUGCAUCGCUUUUUGCGGCUUUUAGUUAGCGAAUGGAAGCACCAGAACGCCCAGUUCCGUGCCGUGGAGAGAUUGCUGUUUGUCCAUCCUCCACGAGACGCUAAGCUCGAAGGAGAAUUGCUAGAAAAGCUUCGCCUUAUGCUUAGUUGCUUUGUGUUUUACGAUCACGAACGUGUCGGAGCGAUGGCGGUCAGUGAUUUUGAGACUCUUUUGUUCAAGUUGCGUUGCCUCUGGAAAGAGCAGGGCUUUGCAAUAGAAGACGACGUAUUCGACACUGUCGUGUCGGCCAUCAAAGCGCGAUUCGUUGAUCUGAAUCAUGACGGUCAGCUAUGUUACUUGGAUUUUUGGGUCAUGCUGUACAUUGUGGGGAUCAACACUCACAACCUGAUACGUUUCCACGAGAUCCCAUCGUUCUGCCAUCACUACAGAUUGGAAGUCUCGCCAGAACUGAGCGACAUGGUGUGGAACUACAUGCAGUUGUCGUGCACCCUCGUGUUGCCAAAGGGACUUCAGAUUGGGAAAAGCUCGAUGGAUCAGAAAGCAGAGCGCCAGCAUCGCCGUCGUGUAGGGGGUCUGCAUGAUGGGACUUUUCACUUUCCGAGAACCCUCACAGGGUCGCUAUCCACCCAAGAAUUACUCCGAAGCGAUGACUCCGAGAAGCUGGGGUUAUUUCUCGAUGGAACCGCUCCAGCCACUCGACUGACCUCAAGUUCAACGGCGCUAGAUCGAUUCCGACCGCUUUCGGUGGGUUCGGAAGACUUUUCUUCUCGUCGACGCGGUCGUGAACCUGUAGUUUUCGGAGUUCGCUCAACUGGACCAACGCCGAAGCGUGCUGCGCUACUGCGAGGGGGUCCGAAAGGGGAUACACAAACAUGUAUUUUCAGUUUCCAGAGGUGUGUCCGGUGUACAGGAGAGUCGGGGCGAAGGAAGUAG